GCAGCCCUUCAGUAGAUUUUGUUUUAAAAAGAGGUGAACGUGUGUGCCACCUUAGCUGCUUUAGAACAAAGUGCUAGCAGCAAAUGGCUGAUACUAGCGAAACAGAAACCUCCUUGUCAGAUGAUGCUGAAGACUUCAGGAAUGGCAGUUCUACCCAACCCUUAUUGCAGCUGGAAGCGUGCUCAACUAGAUCUGUUCCUGAUUCGGAAGUGGCUGAUGCUAGUUUACAUGCAUUGGAGCACACAACACAGAAAGUGAAUUCAACAGAUCAUGGUGGUCGGUCUCCUGAGAACACACUCAACCGUGAAGCCGCAGCUGGUGGUUCAGCUGGCACUGGGAAAUCUGCAGGUCCUGUGAAAUUCCCUAAACCUAAACUUGACCUUCGAGCACUUUUUGACUACCACUCUAGAAGAAGACAGUAUAGGCUCCGUAAAAGGCUAGAAGCGGCAAGAGGCACUGGGCGCAAGGGACCAAGAAAUUAUACAAAGAGAUUACGAGUAAAACUCACGCGAGCGGAGAGAAGGAGGAGAUACAAUGACAGGGGCUAUCAAUUUCCUUUUGUGCAGAAGCUCUAUAGGAUAAAACAUCUUCCCUUGAAGCUGGUGUGUUUAUAUGAGCAAGGUGCUUUAGAAGGCUACUUCAAAUACAUUAAAAUGCUGAAAUAUGAACACCAUCUCAAGAAAUCAUUAAAAGAAUUGGAUGCUGGGGAGGAACUAGAAAACGAAUGUCUGGAAUCACGGAAGUACAAAUACCUGGAUGAUGAUGGUCCUCUUUCUCCCAUUGAGGAGACAAAGUAUGUAUGACUAUGCUUUCAAGAACCCUGAUUCACAUUUGUCUACUUAGAAUUAUUUGUAAGGUAGACGUCCAGGCAUGUGAUUCAGGUUGAGCUGAAUCACUUGCCCCCAGUAUUUGUACAGUGGUGCCCCGCAUGACGACGACCACGCAGAACAACAAAUCUGCAGAACGAUGCCUUUUUGCGAUUGCUAUAGCAAUUUGCAAAACAGGCAUUUCAAUGGGGGAAUUCCGCUUGACGAUGACUUGG